CAGCCCUGCUGCUGGGCUCCAACUUUUAUUUCUUGUUCGGGGGGGAAGGGGCGCCUCCUGCCCAGCCACCCACACCCCGUGCUUUGCCGCUGCCGCCGUGUUUUGCAUGGAUGCACCAUGGCCACGCUGGUUUGCAGGGUGCAGUUCUUAGAUGACACCGACCCCUUCAAUAGCACCAACUUCCCCGAGCCCACCCGGCCCCCUCUCUACACCUUCAGGGAGGACAUCGCGCUCGUCACCCAGCUGGCCGGGGUGCACCGCCUGCUCAGAGCCCCGCAUAAGCUUGAUGACUGUACACUGCAACUGUCCCAUAAUGGUACCUAUCUGGAUUUAGAAUCCACCUUAGUGGAGCAAAGGGAUGAAUUGGAAGGUUUCCAGGAAGAUGCUGGGAGGGGCAAGAAGCACAGUAUAAUUCUGAGGACGCAGCUCUCAGUGAGAGUCCACGUCUGCAUUGAGAGCAUUGUUGGAAACUUCAAGCAAAAUAAAUGGACUGUGAUGGAAAAGGGAAGCUGGAAGCUUUCCAGGAUUAAUAGCACAGGAGAAAAACUCUACAACUCCAGUGGACGGGAGCUGAGACGGGCCCUUUUCUCUUUGAAACAAAUAUUUCAGGAUGACAAGGAUUUGGUUCAUGAGUUUGUUGUGGCUGAAGGCCUGACUUGCUUGAUAAAAGUGGGAGCUGAGGCAGACCAGAACUAUCAGAACUACAUCUUAAGAGCUUUGGGCCAGAUUAUGCUGUAUGUAGAUGGGAUGAAUGGAGUAAUAAAUCAUAAUGAAACCAUCCAAUGGCUGUACACUCUCAUUGGGUCAAAGUUCCGUCUGGUGGUAAAGACAGCACUGAAACUGCAGCUGGUGUUUGUGGAGUAUACGGAAUCCAAUGCACCACUUUUAAUCCAGGCAGUAUCCACAGUAGAUGAGAAGAGAGGAGCCAAGCCAUGGUCCAACAUCAUGGAGAUCCUGGAGGAAAAGGACGGGGUUGACACUGAACUGCUGGUUUAUGCAAUGACCUUAGUUAACAAGACGCUGUCGGGGUUGCCAGAUCAGGACUCUUUCUAUGACGUGGUGGACUGUCUGGAAGAGCUAGGCAUCGAAGCUAUUUCACAGAGACACUUGAACAAGAAAGGAACAGACUUGGACUUAGUUGAGCAAUUUAACAUUUAUGAGAUGACACUGAGACAUGAGGAUGGAGACGAGACUGCUGAUCCCCCACCCAAUGGGCGCAAAGACAGAAGAAGGGCCAGUCUUGGCUCCAGUGAACGAAGGGGAUUAGAGCGCAGGAGAAGCCGCAGACAUUCAGCCCAGAGCAUCAAAAGCACUUUAUCAGCUCCUGCAAGUCCCUGCAGUCAGUCGAGUCCAAGCUUCAUGUUAGGCCAUGGGCAGCGUAUUGAAGAUCUUAGUGAGAAUGAAUUCGAGCCUGAGGGCCUCGUGGUCUUACAGGCUGAUGACAAGGAUGACAGUGCAUUUGAAGCUGAACUUCAAACAUCUUCAAUAGAGGAGAAGGAGUAUGAAGAAGAGGAAGAGGAGCAACCAGUCACAGAGCCUAAUACUGAGGAUGAGGGGGAGGAAGAGGCCAGUAGACAGGUCAAACCCAGUGAGAUCCCAGACGUAAACCAGGUUGCAAAUGAAAAGCUGCAGAAUGAGAAUCAGAGUUCUGAUUCUUCAGCCGUCUCAAGUGCAGUUUCUCAAGCCGAGAGGCCUCCCUCAUGCUCUAAAGCCAAGAGUCCGUCCAGCAGCUCAUCUUCUGUGCCUGAUUCAUCUGUCUCACUCCAUUAUUCUGUUUAUUCAUCACCAUCCUCUCCUGCAUCAGUCUCACUUAACUCCUCCCAAAAUUCAUCAGCAUCUAUUACUCCAAAGGCAUCUCCAACUGUAGAGAAAUUGCCUUAUGUACCACAUAGCCCUUUUCACCUUUUCUCCUAUGACUUUGAAGAGUCUCCAGCAACUGUUACAGAAAAGGAAGCAGAGGUUUUCAGGGAAAACAGAAACAGUAGCUAUGGCAACAACUCUUAUUCCUCUACAAGACCUUAUUCUGGAAUCAGUGCACCUACCACACCCAUUUCUCGUUAUGGGACAACUCUGUCACCACCUCAGGAGACCAAAUCUGAAAGGCCAGCAUUGGGUGGUCUCCUUACAUCAUCUUAUCGGCAGCACCAAGAAUCCCUGGCAGCGGAAAGAGAGAGGCGACGUCAGGAGAGAGAAGAGAGGUUGCAAAGGAUAGAGCGGGAAGAAAGAAACAAAUUCAACCGUGAUUAUUUAGACAAAAGAGAGGAACUAAAGCAAGCAAGAGAAGAGAGAUACAAAUACUUGGAGAAGUUGGCAGCUGAGGAGUAUGAGAAGGAGCUGAAAAGUCGGAGUAUAUGCCGAGGCAGAAGUGAGCUGUCCUUGAACUUGAGCUCUCCUUCGGCCCCAUCCUCUCCCAUUCCCAAGUGCAUCAGCCCAGCAUCCGUAGGGUCCCAGGAGGAGCUGAAGACCCCUUCAACACCCCGUGGAACACCUCAGCCCCCUGAAGUGAGUGCCAGUGAACCUGAACCAGAACCUGAGCCAGAGACAAAACCAGAACAGGAAACUGAGGCAGAGGCCGAGCAGGGAACGGAGACACCACAGGAAGUAGAGGCUACGGAGGUGGGACCAGAGAGUGAGGUGGAGCAAGGUCCUGAGCGAGAGCCAGAAGACAGUGCAAUACUCAGUGAAAAAGAGAGGCAGAAUGAGGAAGUGAAUGAAAAAGACAACUGCUCUGCAUCCAGCAUAUCCUCAGCAAGCAGCACUUUAGAGAGGGAAGAAAGAGAGGACAAGUUAACCAGUGACAAUGAAGCUGGUACGUGGUCACAAACUAUUCAAGAUGCUGGUGUGAAUGAGCAGUGCAGCAACAUUCUCAACAACAAACGGUUCAUGCUGGAUAUGUUGUAUGCCCAUAACAAGAAGCCCAAGGAUGAAGAGGAGAAAGAGCUGGAGGAGAAGGAGGAGGAAAAGAAGGAGACGGAGGAAAGUGUUGAGUCAAUCACCAGCCUAGCCAAUAGGAUCUCUAUCCUGCAGGCCAGCAAGCAGGCCAAAGAUGAAAGUGUCAAAAAGAUGGAGAUUGGAAAUCUGGAUAAUCAAGGCAGCGUGAAAGCCUUUGCAGAAAAAUUCAACAAUGUUGAGCUGGCCAAUGGGACAGUAUUGCCUGAGGGUGAGCUCGAUGAAAAGGUCCCUGAGAAAACACCGGCACAGCCCAAGAAGGAAUCUGAUUACAUUUGGGAUCAGCUCAUGGCUAAUCCUAGAGAACUUAAAAUCAAAGACAUGGAUUUUACAGACUUGGGGGAUGAGGAUGAUGUAGAUGUGUUGGACAUUGAUAUGGGUCCUGGGGACUCCCUAAUUCCCCCUCCCCCACCUCCACCUUCCUUUUUGGGUUUGCCUCCUCCACCACCUCCCCCUCUGUUUGGAUGUCCACCUCCACCCUCUGGUAAUUUAUUGGCUCCUCCUCCACUGUUCAGCACUCCUCAGGGUUCAGGGUCACCCCAGGUUUCUAGGGGUCAGCCAGCAUUCAUGAAGAAGAAGAAAACCAUCCGUCUGUUUUGGAACGAGGUACGGCCAUUUGAGUGGCAGUGUAAAAAUAACAAACGCUGUAAAGAAUUCCUGUGGUCGAAACUGGAACCCAUUAAGGUGGACACUUCCAAACUGGAGCACCUCUUUGAGUCUAAAUCCAAGGAACUGCCAGUCACAAAGAAAACUGCUGCAGAUGGAAAGAGACAAGAGAUCAUUGUGUUGGACUCAAAACGAAGCAAUGCUAUUAAUAUUGGACUGACAGUGUUACCCCCGCCAAGGACCAUCAAGACUGCUAUUUUGAACUUUGAUGAAUAUGCCUUAAACAAGGAGGGAAUAGAGAAAAUUUUAACUAUGAUUCCUACCGAGGAAGAAAAACAGAAGAUCCAGGAGGCCCAGAUGGCAAACCCUGACAUCCCACUGGGCAGUGCAGAGCAGUUCCUUCUCACUCUCUCCUCGAUUAGUGAGCUCUCUGCUAGACUCCAGCUUUGGGCUUUCAAAAUGGAUUAUGAGCUAGUGGAAAAGGAAGUUGCAGAACCACUGUUAGACCUGAAGGAAGGAAUGGACCAGAUGGAGCAUAAUAAAACCUUGGGAUUUAUCCUUUCUACUUUACUAGCCAUUGGGAACUUUCUAAAUGGAACCAAUGCCAAAGCUUUUGAGUUAAGCUACCUCGAGAAGGUUCCGGAAGUCAAGGACACAGUGCAUAAACAGUCACUCCUGCACCAUGUCUGCACUAUGGUGGUGGAAAAAUUCCCAGACAGCACAGAUCUUUAUUCAGAAAUUGGGGCUAUCACUAGGUCAGCCAAGGUUGACUUUGAACAACUUCAGGACAACUUAUGUCAGAUGGAGAAAAGGUGCAAAGCAUCAUGGGAUCAUCUUAAGGCUAUAGCAAAGCAUGAAAUGAAGCCAACGCUGAAGCAAAAAAUGUCUGAGUUCCUUAAAGACUGUGCAGAAAGAAUCAUAAUUCUGAAGAUUGUUCACAGAAGAAUAAUUAACAGGUUCCAUGCAUUUUUGUUAUUUAUGGGUCAUCCUCCUUACGCAAUCCGUGAAGUCAACAUCAAUAAGUUCUGCAAAAUUAUUAGUGAAUUUGCUUUAGAGUAUCGCACCACCAGGGAACGAGUUUUGCAGCAGAAGCAGAAACGCGCCAACCACAGGGAAAGAAACAAGACCAGGGGGAAAAUGAUCACAGAUACCGAUGAAGAGGAGGAUAUAGAGUCUGGAAAGUUCUCCAGCAACUCCACCCCAUCUCAGAGCCAGCCCCAGGGUUUGCAGUAUGCUGAAGAUGCAGCAGAGCACGAGAACAUGAAGGCUGUGCUGAAGACCUCCUCCAGCAGUGGGGAAAGCACCACUGCGCUAGGUGUUCGCACUCGAAGUAGAGCCAGCAGAGGCCGUAUCGGUUCAUGGAAUGCUGCUGGUGAUGAUUCACCUAAUGCUACAGAUGAUGCAGCUGAUGAGAUCAUGGAUCGCAUUGUAAAGUCAGCCACCCAAGUGCCAAGUCAGAGAGCGGUGCCUAGAGAGAGGAAGCGGUCACGAGCAAACAGGAAGUCAUCAUUUCCAGGAAGUUAGAACAAAGAAGAGACAACAACAAGUACACCACAGCUCUCAACAGCAUAUCCACUGCCACCACCUGCUGCCCCACUUGCACUUGUGUUCUCCAUAUGUGCUGAUUGCUGUAGGUGACUCAUGCAUAUCAAACAGAUUCCCUGUAUGUUUGCAUAUUUUUGUGGCUUACCCCAUGCUACACUAUUUCCUCUAUUAGCAAUCCUCUCCCCACACACACACCUAAAAGCCAUAUGUUCGAUGUCUUUGCCAGGCACCUUUCUUCCAGGGAAGCACUUGCUACAGCAAAAAGGAUAAUAAUGAAAAUACUAUAUAUUUUCCAUAGGGCUGGUUUUCAUUUAUGUUUAGUGAAAACAUCAACAGGGAUUAAGGACUCAGUAAAUGUUUAGGCUGGGACUGAUUUCCAUUGUAAUUUAUCCUGAUAGAUUCCAGCUCUCUCACUUGUUUUGUCUUCAAGGUCUCGGCUUGCCUUUUAAGUCGACUACAAGACAAUUUCAAAAUAAAUGUAAAGUUCGGUAGUUUAGCAUAAGGCACUUCAGAAAGAAGAAUGUCUGGAACUGUACUACUUCAGUGGUAGUUGAUACACCUGGAUAAUGAAUGAAUAAAAUGGUUUGACUUGAAAAAACACUGAGCUGAGGAGAUAAUAAGACACCUGCAUUUUCUCCCCAAGGAACUAAGCAGGACCCAAACAAUAUUAAUGUAGAAUUUAAGAUAAGAGAAUGGGAAAGGCUACUCUGACCGCUGAACGGUCAAGAGUCUAUGAAAGUGGCACAGAUCUACAGGAAUAUACUGGAAACUAGAACUUUAGGUGGUUUAGUGCUGCAGGGUUAGGUUCCUUUGUUAUGUAAAGAGCAAAAGACACAAUAGUUGGUUGUUCUGACCCAUAAGGGUUGGCAAGACUCAUCCCUACACAUACACUCACAGUGAAAGUGAGGAGGGUGUAUGUUUGGUGUUUCAUCUAACUCAAAAUGUCAAAGUGAAACUAACUUGAAAGUACCAGCUUGCACAAUGUUUGUACUGCAGCCAUGUAAAACCAUACAUUUCUCAGGGUUUUAAUGCAGAACCAUAAAUAUGCUCAGGUUCACUUAAAGCUUAGCAAAGUUUUAGGUGAACUUGGACUGAGGAGUUUGUGUUUCUAGCAAAAUUGGAAACCCAAAUGAGUUAUGCAUGACUGUGUUGCAAACAUUUCAUUCGACUCUACCAAAUACCUUUCAUAGACAAGGUGAGAGGACAAAGAAAAUAGAGAUGAGAAAUUAGUAACUCUCAGUCAUUUAGAAUCAAAAGAGAAAUAGAAAUGGAGUUAUGGAAGAAGCAAGCUCUUACUCAGACAUUGGGUGAAUCUAUUGGGAAAAUAAUAUAUUUUGACAUUUGUUGAAUUAGGUCUUCCACAAAGUGGAAUGAGAUAAAUUGUUGGAUAAUUUGGUCAUAUUCGGUAUUUAAAGAUCAAUAUUUAGAUUUUAAUGAAAAGAAAAGGUCAAUUCAGAGCAACCGAAGGAGCCAUACGUUGUGGGAAGGAAUAAGGUUGUGAAGAGUCCAUUGACGAUACAUGAAUGGUAAUUCCUGUAUCUGCUCUACAACCUCUGAAGAUAUCAAGGGUUAUUGAUAAGUGCAGAUCUGGCUUAUAGGACCAUUGAAAACAAAUAAGAAGGAAUUUGUUGAGAAGGAGCUGAAAUGGAGAAGAUGGAUGCGGGUAAACUAAGAAAAACUGACAUCUGCUGAGAUAUACUGUAACCGUAUGAAGACUGUGUUCUGAAGGUGAAUAUGUGAAAUGAGAGCCUGUUUCUGAGGUACCUCCGACACAUUAGAGGUUUCGCAAGAUAAAAUCAUAUAUACACAAGUCCAAUGACAACUCAAUGUCAUUACCACGUGAUAGUUGUUCUGUGGCCUAUAUGACAUAUGUAUUGGACUGGAGAACACAUGAGAAAACAGCCUCACAAUCUGACACUCUCAUUGGAAGUCUUAACAGAAAGCCCAAGGAUUUAAUGAGCCACAGAACUGAAUUACCCUGUCUCAUCUCUAGAGAUGGUCCCCCAAAGUCAGGGUUGAGGCGCAUUGCCAUGGGAAGCUUGCACUGUUCUUUCCUCUGAUGUGUCUGUUCUACAUGUAAAUAAAGACUCCUGUCUGUAGGUGUUCUCAAUUCAGCAUGUUCCACAAGCAUUAAAUAAAAACUGAGGGGUGGACAUGUGCUAUUUCCAUUGUUUUAGACUGACAGCAGUUUUCUGUGUGAAAGGCUUUUUAUAACAUUAUUUAGGGUUGUCCAACCCAGCAAGAAAAUAGAAAAUAAUAUAAUUAUGAUGAUCUGGUUCUCCCCUAAGGUUGGGAUGAACUUCAGAAAUGAUACCAUAACAAACAGUGAAUAUGAGGGAAAAUUGGAAAUGGUGAUGUUUUAAGAAUCACUGUAUGCGAUAGUCCAAAUUCCAGUGAACACAGUCCAGCUAGUAAGGAGGAAAACUGAAUUAGUUUUAGCAAUUUGCAGAAAACUGUUAUUGCAGACUUUGAAGCACUGGAUUGUAAGGAAUAAAAAAUAGAAGUUGCAGAAUGAGAAGGGGUCAUGGAGAUCUGAGAAAACUAGAGGAAGGAAUGGAGGUAUUUUGGUAGUGAAGGAAGUAGAUGAAAGACGAACAUAAGAUGAGAGAUAAGGUGGAUGAGGUAAUAUCUUUUAUUAGACCAACUUCUGUUGGUGAGCGAGACAAGUUUUCGAGCCACACAGAGCUUUUCUUCCAGUGUGGUGCGUAAGCCUGGGCGGCCGGUGACCUGGCCGCCUGGGAAGGCUAAUCCCCAGCCCCUCCCCUUGUGCCCGAGGCCUCACCCCUCC